AUGCCUAGGGGGUCUCUUAUCAAAAUUAUCCCCAGGCUUGCAUGCGAAGUAACGAAGUAUAUUGGACGCAUGAUAUACGGAGUAUGGCGAAGAGCAAGCAGUUGGACCACUCAUGGCUCGCAUGCUGGCUUUCAUCCAUGCAUGGCUCCCCUGACAAUCACACACCUUAGCCAGUCAGCUUGCAUGAACCAGCCAAGGACGCUGCACCACUCGCUACAUUUUGAGUUCGGAUUCUUCAGGCCAUCUGCUUGCCGAUUCGCUGUUACAGGGUCAAUGCAGGAUCAGGACGGAGGUCAACCAUGCCUGGUCCAAACAAGGGAACAGAGGCCUCCAGUCACCGCAUCUGCGGUCUGAUCAUUGGCAGUAACCGCCAUGGCUCCUCGCCUCCACCGAUGCAUGCAUGGACAGACUCCUUCGUACAUAGCCUUUUAUAUUUAAACUGGCCAUGGCGCCACUGGUAUCUCCAUUCGAGAGAUAUCUGCAGAGCUAUCAAACCAUCUUACUUGCCUUUCGAUCCGUCAUUCUACAUAAAUCUAUUUUUGACCUUCUCGGCCUGGGUUCUAAAUGGCGUUCUGGAGCAUUUAGCCGAGCGGGCUUCACACGUUCUUGCAUCUGGGCACAUACAUAUAGCCACCUUGACCCCUUGAAAAGCAACCUGGUCAAGCCCUGCAAACCCCUUGCCAAAGCCGUCGCGUCCCUCAUAUUUUAGACAGACUUCAGUUUUCUGAGAGAGAUGAACACACAUAUCAGAAUCUCUGUACAUUUACUGUCGACAUCGCUAUUCGCGACACAGCUUAGGUGACCUUGGCUCAACGGGCAGACAGCGGUAGCGCAACUGUCGCGCAUCUGCCGUACGCCUGUCAUUGUGUCGUCAACGCCGCUGGACGGUGUCUGACGACUCCAACAGUUUUCGACGUGGUUCUUCUUGUUUAUAGAUACCCUCAACGAUGCCGGUCAUCGCUAUAAUAUUAAUCUGGCUUUAUGCCUUGACUCUGAUACCACAUUCGGUGGCAUACAACAUUCCGAUAGACCAUAUACUUAGUUCAAACACACCGACGGCCUCUUCAAGGUGGCAAGCUGACUCGCCGCAACCCUCUCCCGCUUCAUCUCAGCGAAGGUCAACGAUGAGUCCUCGGCCGGACGCUAAGUACGCAUUUGAUGAAGAACAGUUCAAUGCUACAACCACAUCGACAUGUGAGGAUGCAUUAGGGAGUUUGAAAUCAGUGUCCAACCCUUCCGGGAUAGCCGCAUGCUUCAACGUCGCAUUUCUAAACGAAGAAACAAGCAUAUUCGGGGCCGAUGUCAAACUAUACUAUGUCUCCCAGGCGCACGGAGAAUUCACCAGUACUAAAUGGGAAGAUUUUAAUAUAAAACUGGGCUCGCGGCUUAUAGAAUUUUCGGGGAUGAACCGAGUUUUUCAGAACACAACUUCAAAUUCCACCACAGACUCGCCCUAUCUGGUGAUGCAGUGGCGGUACAGCGGCAGGGUAAACGAGAUUAUCCCACUAAAGAAGUUGUCCCUUGAUGAACAUCGCUAUCUUCUCGCCCCUAACAUAUCAAUCAUAACAAAAUCUCCGAGCCAGCCCAACACUAUCACCGACACAAGCCUUGCUCCCGACAUCCUCUCAUAUACUACUGGCUACUUAGCCAAUGACGCCAACUCACCAUAUAAUAUGACGGCCUCUGAGGUCAAAACCCAGCUGACGAACAUACUAAUUGCAACCUUGGACUUUGAAGUACCCGGCAUAGGCUUGGGUAUAUUCCCCACGGGCCUUGUUGUAACCAGUGUGUGGGCGGGGUUAUUCCUAGCCAUUGUUGGCUACGGAACAUUCGAGCGUAAACAGUAUCGCUCUUUUCAUGAACGAAGGUUGAAAUAUGCUGCCUCUACAAGAGGGUAUGGUAAUCGGCCUGUUGUAUCUUAGCUUUAAUGACUUUACUGCAGAAAGAAUAUUUA